AUGCAUGACGAACACUGGUGUCCGCACCACGGAGAUCCUCUCCUUGGUGCAUGGAGCUCCGGGAUGUCUCCUUGUCUUCGUGAUUUACACGGACACACGGCCGAGGAUGGAGAUGAUGAUGCAGAAGUUAACGAGAUCGAUGAUGGCUCCAAAGUAGAGUUAACAAAAGAUAAAGUUGCCUCAGUGCACGAUGAUAUACGUUUAAGAGUUUCUUCAGCUUUGUCAAUUCAAAAUUCAUUGAUUAUGUUUUGCUUAUUGCUAAUUUCACUUGUGCUUCUAUUUUGCAGGAUGAACCUUAAGUAUAUUAGGCAAAUAGCCCAAGAGACAAAUGGCGAGGUGGUAUAUGGUCUUGGUAGGCAACUAGCUAUUCUACGUACUGUUAGCCAGAGACUAAUCAGAGAGUUUAAUGACACUAUUAAUGGAUUCAGUGAUGAUGGCUGGUCAAUAUUGAACUGUGACGAUGCUCAAGAUGUUGCAGUUGUUGUUAAUUCAUCCAAGAACUUGAGCACUGAUACAAAUACAGUUUUCUUCGUUGGCGGUAUUCUCUGUGUGAAGGAGCAGUUAGCACCUGGCGGAGUCUCAUGCCAGUCAUUUAUCUUCUACAAAAACCUAUUCCAAAGUUUGGGUAUUGUGUUCAUAGCCGAGGAUGGAGAUGAUGAUGCAGAAGUUAACGAGAUCGAUGAUGGCUCCAAAGUAGACUUAACAGAAGAUAAAGUUGCCUCAGUGCACGAUGAUAUACGUUUAAGAGUUUCUUCAGCUUUGUCAAUUCAAUAUUCAUUGAUUAUGUUUUGCUUAUUGCUAAUUUUACUUCUGCUUCUAUUUUGCAGGAUGAACCUUUAG